AUGGUCAAACAAGCAGAACCACAAAGUAGCCCCAUGCCUAGCAUGCCUACAGGUGCCUCCAGCCAAAUCCUGAAAUCGACCGGCUUUCGAAAGUUUUCUGCGGUGGCUAUGAUUGUUCUUCUCUAUACUACUGCAACACCGUUCAGUCCAAUAGCAUGGCUCACCUCCUCAAUCGAAGGCUCUUUAUUCCUCGAUCGAAUUCUCGCCGGCGCACUCCUCUUCGCAGCCAUGUUUUUUCAAUAG